GGUGCGCGUGCGCCGCGACCCCUCCCGCCACCGGGACUGGGUCUUCCCGGGCUCGGCAGCUGGUGUCGAUUAUCUCUGCGCUUUUCGGCGGCCUGGCACGCCAGCGCCCUUCGGCUCCCGCCCGGCCCUCUCCCGGUCAGCCCGGCGGCGGGGCCAUGGCGUGGCGGCGGCGGCGGCGGCCCGAGGCCCGCAGCGGGGCCCGCGGCGCGCUGGCGCUGCUAGCGCUGGCCCUGUGUGCGCCCGGGGCCCGGGGCCGGGCGCUCGAGUGGUACUCGGCCGUGGUGAGCACCGAGUACGUGGACCCGGAGACCAACCGGAGCGUGCGGAGCGUCUCGGAGAGCGGCCGCUUCGGCGAGAGCUCACCCAAGGAGGGCGCGCGGGGCCUGGUGGGCGUCCCGCGCGCCGAGGACCGCGACCCCGAGGGCUGCGCGCCCCGCACGCGCUUCCUCGUGCCCGGCGGCCGGGGAGCCGCGCCCUGGGUCGCGCUGGUGGCGCGCGGGGGCUGCACCUUCAAGGACAAGGUGUUGGCGGCGGCUCGGCGGAACGCCUCGGCCGUGGUCCUGUACAACGAGGAGCGCCACGGGAACCUCACCGCGCCUAUGUCCCACGCGGGAACAGGAAGUAUAGUAGUCAUUAUGGUUAGCUACCCCAAAGGAAGAGAAAUUGUGGAUCUGGUGCAGAAAGACAUUCCGGUCACAAUGACCAUAGGGCUCGGCACCCGGCACGUACAGGAGUUCAUCAGCGGUCAGUCCGUGGUGUUUGUGGCCAUCGCCUUCAUCACCAUGAUGAUUAUCUCAUUAGCCUGGCUAAUAUUUUACUAUAUACAGCGCUUCCUAUACACUGGCUCACAGUUUGGAAGUCAGAGCCAUAGAAAAGAAACAAAGAAACUUAUUGGGCAGCUUCCUCUUCAUACUGUAAAGCAUGGAGAAAAGGGAAUUGAUGUUGAUGCUGAAAGUUGUCCAGUGUGUAUUGAAAAUUUUAAAGGAAAGGAUGUUAUCAGAAUCCUGCCAUGCAAGCAUAUUUUUCAUAGAAUAUGCAUUGACCCAUGGCUUUUGGAUCACCGCACGUGUCCAAUGUGUAAACUUGAUGUCAUCAAAGCCCUGGGAUAUUGGGGAGAGCUUGAGGACGUGCAGGAGACGCCUGCCCCAGAAUCGCCCCCCGGGGGCGUUUCGACUGCAGAUCUGAGUCUUACUUUACCAGAUGGUGACAGAAGUGACGCGGGCAGCUCAGCACUGCCCACCACCAGCGACUCCGCGCCACCUUGCGAGGCCAGUUUUAAAGAGGAUGCAGGUGAAAACACGGCCUUGCUGGAGACAAGCAGGAGCGACCCUCAGCGUGAAGGACCUGUCUCCUAGCAUAUAACCUGCCGGCGGUGUCACGGACAGAGCUUGGGCUUGAAUUAAAGGACAUUUUAUUUUUUUUACUUUAGCACAUAGUUUGUAUAUGUGAAAAUAAUGUACAUUCUUUUACCUUUCAGGUUCUGAUUUGAUAUACAAAGGGCUAAGAUACUUUAUUCUUAAAGAGAAUUUUUGAUUAGUCUUCAUAUAUUUAUCUACUAAAAUGUACCAUAAGAUUCUUUCUUCUCAAGGAUGGUUCUAGACUAAGCACAUUGAAUUCAGACUAGUUAAAAUGGAGUUGUGUGAUUAUAUUCAGUAGUUGAUCACAUGAGUUUUCCUGGAGGAAAGACUUUUUUUUAGAACAUGAAACUUGUAAAUGUGAUGAGAGAAAUCUAUCGCUUCCUUGCACCUCUGUACUAUAGAGAGAUUUCCAAACCUUAGAGCACUUUCAUUGUUUUUUAUUUGGAGUUAUGGGGAAAGCACUGGUUGACUUUAGGAUUUGCAUUUCUCCCUCUCGUUACCUAAUUUCUUCUAACAACCUUGAUGGGGAGGAAAGUUUUGUCCAUUUUUUUCUAUACAAAUAAAAAAAGCUACGAUUCCGUA